GCUAACUCAAAUGGAUUAGUUUGACGUUAAAACCUGAUACUAAUAGAGCAUAGUGAAUCUACAUACCAGGGAAUACUUAAGACAAACAAGAGUGGAUGAUGAUUCGAUAGUAAAUGAGUUUGGAAUUGUGAAUACAACACAUUUAAGUGCUACAAUGGAUGAUCUAAAUCAUUUAAAUGCGGUGGGUGAACUAUGAUUGAAAAUACAUAUCAGUUUAAGAAGUAUGGCAGAGGUAUUGAUUUCCCUGUUCAUAUACAGCAAUACUUGAGCGAACUUGAAACUUAAUAUUCCUUUGUACCAUAGCCGAUAGAACAAGCUAGUCUCCAUAACUAGGAAGUGUGUCCUUCAUCGCGGCCGAUACAACAUUCCAUAUCCCGGUCUGUCCCGAGAUGUAAAUUAUGCGGUGGCGUCCAUGCGAGCAUCCUCGGACUUCUAAUGCCGUCGCCGCACGAUUCCCCGUCCUGCCAACGUAGUAUGAGGAAAACUUUCCCGCCAUUUUCAUCCGUCAGCCAUGGAACGUUUGGAGAGGUCUCGCCCCAUACCGGAACACCGGAAGUGCUUCCCGGACAAUGCUGUAAGUCACACAUGUCCCGAAGGAAGUACCAUAGACCCGGAAUGUUGUCUUCGAGAGGCAGCAAUGUGCUUGUGUUUGGAUUACUGUGGUGUUUACUGUUUAGUGGAGCGCCACGCGGCGCGGACGCGCAAUAUACGUGUCAGCCAGGGUGCACGUGCGAUGCGUGGAAACUGGACGGCAACAAGUGGACGAAUGUCUCGUGCGCGGGGGCCGAUCUUACGGAAGUGCCAAUCGACGGAAAGGAGGGGGCCGACGUGUUCAAACUUGAUAUUUCCAACAACAACAUUACUUCAAUAUCAGUGUCCGACUUCCAGUUUUUUUACAAUUUAGUAGAAUUAGAUUUAUCUUUCAACUCAUUUACAACUAUUCCUACCGAUACAUUUAACAACUUGACAGCACUAAGAACUCUGAAUUUGGCUGGCAAUACACAAUAUGCCAGUAAUUUUGACCAAGAUAUUUUAAAGGAUACGUAUGUUGAUUCCCUAAACUUCAGUUACGUUGGUCUAGAUUCAAUUUCAAGGAAUAUGUUUAGAGAACUCCAAGAACUGAAACUUCUAGACCUUAGCCACAACAACAUCGACUCUCUUGAUGCAGAUCUUUUCAAAAACCUUAAUUUGGAAGUCAUUAUUUUGAGUGGCAAUAACCUACAAGGCUUCUGGAAUGAUUAUAUUGAUAAAAAAGCAUUUAACGACCUGGACAAGCUUGAUACUUUGAUCUUGUCGGACAACAGAAUUACGGACUUACCAAAGGACUUGUUGAAAGAAAUAGAUGAGUCAAUUAAAACCUUAGACUUGUCUGACAAUCCUAUUACUUCCGUGUCCAAUGACUUUCUGGAUGAUGCCGACCAGUUAACCAAUCUAUCCGUAGUUAGCCUGGACCUAAGUAAUUGUGGGAUCAGCAGUCUUGACCGGUCGGUUUUUAGGGAUGUCACGAGUCUUACAACAUUAAAUUUGGCAAACAACGAUUUGGACAACUUACAUGGAGAUAUAUUUGACGCUUGUAGAGACUUAUCUAGUCUAGAUCUGAGCUCAAACCAGCUUUCGACAAUCUCCACAAACCUUUUUGAUAGACAAUCAUCUAUUUCUGUCGAUUUUUCCAACAAUCCAUUCACUUGCGAUUGCAAUGUUCGUGACUUCCUGUAUGAACUACGCUACCACCUGAGCAAGACCUUGGAGACUGAAGACCUGGUCAAGUGCACAGACGCCAUGGGCAAUCAGCAUGUCUAUCUAGACUACUGGACAACUGACUGCUCUGGUAACCUGAAAGAUUCUUGCACAACGCUAUCUGACUGUAUGGUACGGAAUGCCGACUGUGAUGGGGGUAUUUGCGUCUGCCAGAGCAGUUACUAUAAAAACAAUGGAGAAGGAACUGCUGGUGGUCUGUGCAAACCAAAGGUCAAUUUAGACUACCCCUGUGAUAUGAACUCUGCAUGUCGCACUGCAAAUGCAGAGUGCGCUAGUUCUAAAUGCCAAUGUCUUGAGGGAUAUUACGAUGACAGCCCCAAAUAUCUCGGUGGUUUUUGUUAUCAGCAGGUUGAACUGGAGGAGACAUGCACCAUGGACUCAAUGUGUCUGACAGAAAACUCCCAAUGUUCUACGAGCAAUUUGUGUGAGUGUACGUCUGCAUACUAUGAUGAUAACGGAUACUUCAUGAAUGGUGGAGAAUGUGUCCUGAAGCUGUCACUGAGUUCAAGCUGUAACGAGUCUUACCAAUGUGCAGAGGCGAACUCGGAGUGCCUUGCUGGAAUUUGCGACUGCUCCGAAGGAUAUCAUAAUAUUGCUAAUUCUGGAAAAUGCCAAGCUGCAACCAAAUCAAAGAAAAGGUCAAAAAGGGACGCAUCCUUUUUACAACGGUUUUGUAAAACUUAUGGAAUACCCACAUCAAGCUGCGGUGCAGACACGUUUUUUUCGUGCACGUCUAACUCUUCCCUCGAUGCUGUGGAGGUCAGAUUCAACCUUGCGGACGUCAUCAGCAAUGACACUGCAUGUCAGGAGCUGUGCUUUACCAAUGGACAUGUCCAUUACCUUAUAGAAGGGGAUGUCUGUUUAUGUGGAGACCUAUACUCGACAGGCACCUGCUGUCCAUAUGUGACAAGCCCGUGUAACAGAAAGACAUUCUUAGGACCACAGACGUCCAAGUCAUCGGCUGGGAUAGUGGUCGACUAUAUUCCACAGUUACAGGUUGGGGAAGCUCAUACCUUCAGCAUGAAAACAUCCAUGGCAAUCAUCAACGAAAAUCGCUGGUCUUACGGUGACUCAGAAAAAGAAACAGUUAUAUCGAGUUCAGCCUCGUCUGUUCAGCACACGUUCACACACUCUGGACUGUUUUAUGUGACAGUUAAGGCUUGUAUAAGCUCUGUACCGAUCUGUGAGGAAGCAUAUAUUCCUGUUCGUGUCCAGGAACGCCCAGCCAACCUGACGACAUACCUGACCGGCUACUCCAAAGCAGAUGUAAACAAAAAUCUGUCGGAUAUUUUUGCGACAUUCACAAGUGGCUAUGAUUUUGCUAUCCAGUGGGCCAGGGAAGACUCAUCCAGCAAUGUCUUUAAAAAGCAAGGCUGUCCGGAUAACUGGCACAGCCAUCGGUACUCGUGCAUCAGGCUUGUGACCAGUUCUGCGAGCAGUUUUGAUAACGCCCAGUCAGCUUGUAUGUCAUAUGGUGGGAAACUACUCCAGAUAGAUUACAUGGAGGAACUGACGGAAAUUGUCAGCAUUCUGGGAGCGAGUUCAACGACUUUCCGGUUGGGCGGAGAGAAGGUGGGGGGAGUGUGGCAAUGGAAGUUUGAUGGCUCUAAGACGGUAUUUGAUGAUAAUGACCUUGACUCUCACACGGGCGGGAACUGUGUCAUACUCCAGGGAAACACAGGCAAACUAACUAGUGUCAGCUGUGCAGCUUCCAUGGCUUAUGCAUGCAUGAAUGAAACUAUUGAUUGCUCCCUGGGUGGCACACAACACCCUGAUGGUUACUGCUAUGUGAUGCCAUCUGGCCAGGUGAAGAACUGGAGCCAGGCUCAGGCAUACUGUGAGAGCCAGUACAAUGGCUGGCUUGCCAAUAUCACAAGUACAGGGACACAGACCCUUGUCACAAGUCUUAUGGGGACUGUUAGCUCUGCCUGGUUUGGGCUUUCGAAGACAAGCAGCUACUACAUCUGGGCAGACAAAUCCUCUUUCAAUGAUGGGAGCCCAGAAUAUGCCCAAACUAUUACCUCAAACACAAAGGAUUGUUUCGUCACUACUUCAGCAAAUACCUGGACAACUGAUUCCUGUUCAAUGGUCUACAACUUUGUUUGCCAGUACUCAGAAAAUAUUGAGCGAAUCACAGUUCCAUCAUUUGUUGCGGGUGUCGGAGACCUAGACAUCACACAGGGAACCAGCCUUCAGCAGAUUGUCUCAACAGACAACUUCCCUACUUCUACACAAACCACGGAGAUCUAUAUGAUGCCAGGCAUUCAGUUUUCCAAGUCAGGAAAAGUUCGUUCCUGGGUGUUCCGCUCUGAGAUGUUGGGGGCCAAUGACAGUUUUGACGUCGCUCUGCAAGUGUACAGACCUUCAUGCUCGUCUGGAACACUAUAUCAGCCAGGCUGUGCUGGCACAAAACAUGCCACAUGCUCCAGCACUACAUACACUUGCACCACUGACACCUGCUCAGAUUCACAGUACUUCUGCUACCUUAGCAACCAGUGCAAGUUCUUCAACCAAUCGUGCACAUGCAACUCUGAGGGUUCUUCUGCUACAGCAGCGUGCGCAGGCAGCGUCGUAAUGCCAGAAUACCAGCUGGUGAGCCAGACACAGUUAACAGUUGCCAUUCCUGGUGAGAACUGGUUCAUCGUGCCUGCAGGGGACAUCUCUGUACAACCCCUGGAUGUGAUAGGUUUCCAGUUUGUUUCAGGAAAAAAUGUGAUCAAAUGCGAGAAUAUGCCAUCAGGAGUGGACCAGCAGACCCUCUUCAAAGCCUCUGUUACUGGUUGGCUUGAGAAGACACACAGUUAUACAUCUACUUCCACAUCAAUGGAUUUGACAUGCUACAUUCAGGCUAUAUAUACAAAUGAUAAAAUGGAGUUCAUCCCACAAAACCUAGCCAGUUCCUCUUCAUCGUCUAUUGGAGACUUUGAGUUUUCCAUUAAAAUUCUGGACACGGAAACUCAAGCACUUUCAGUAACGCUUGCCGAGGGCAUUGAGGAUAUUUUCUGGGUGUACCCAGGCCUUAACAAUAUAGCUACAGAUGUGAAUUCCCUUGGCACUGUGUACACCGAAUACAACAAAGUCUAUGAUCUUACCGUGCGUGUUGAGAGAGGUAAUGAUGUGACAUCUGUGUGGUCGAUUGAUACGUCACAGACUGUAACUUUUUCCGAUACUUGCAGUGCCACAGUAACUGCUCUGUUUGCUGAUAGGUGUAAUGCUUCACUUUUCUGGGCUGAAAAACCAUUUGCCUCCUUUACCUAUAACACAAGCACCAUAGGAGUGGAAACUUUGUCAAUAAUAUUCUCAAAUAUUUUGGGCCCGGUUCAAAAGACAUUAACAAUCUAUACAGAUAAAAUGGUAUCAGGACUGACUUUCACCCAGACGUCUCCUAGCAUUGAUGCUAACACAGUAGCACUCAACGAGGAAUCAGUAUUUGAUGCUACUAUAUCUGAGGGAACAAAUGUUACAUAUUCAUUUAAAGUUGGUGGAUCAACUGUUCUUUCUACAAAUUCGACCUUGUUCUACACAUUUACAACUAUUGGGACUUUCAUAGUUGAAGUUACAGUACAAAAUAAACUUGGACAAAUCAAAGCUAACCUAACAGUGUAUGUAAAGAACCGAGCCAAUUUUGCAAACUGCAUGUUUGUAAACACUUUGAAUGUUGCAGCUGUGGGGUUGCCUUACACUCUAACUUUGCAGUGUGAUACCAAUACCAAUGCUCAGGUCAAGGCUAUAUGGGAGCUCAGUGAUCGUUCUAGCAACAUCACUGGCAGCGUAUUUGCAACAAGCUCAAGCAAAGCUACAUUUAACCAGAAUGUAACAUUCACCUCUGUCAGUUCAGGUGUCAAUGUUGUCGCCUAUGCACAAGACCCGUUCUCCAUUUCCUCAGUGACGACUUCGGUAAUUGUGUACAACCAGAUUCCCAGUGUGUCCUUGACCUUGUCCGAGAACCAGGUCCUUCCAUCAACACAGAUAAACUUCACAGCAGCUAUCCCGUCAUCCUUGGGCAACCUUGGGACAGUUAUGUACACAUUUGACUUUGGCGAUGGUUCUGCAAAUGUAAACAGUUCAGCAGGAGAAGUUUCACAUGCCUUUACAGUGAAGGGAAACUACUCUGUCAUUGUUGUAGCUUCAAAUGGACCAAGCACAGUAUCUGCCACAGAGUAUGCAGAGGUGUAUGAACUUAUUUCGGGACUAUCCGUAACCUAUGAUGGCCCAAAGCAGAUGGGCAGUCCUGUGACAUUUACUGCCUCCAUAUCCACAGGAAACCUGUUGACCUACAGGUUCUCUUCGUCUACACUGUUUAAUGUGACGCAGGCUUCAGAGACCUUUACUCACACGUUUUCAAAUGCUGGAGACUACCCUGUCACAGUGCUAGCAUCAAACGCUUUCAGUUCAAAGGAAGAGACCAUAAUGUCCUAUAUAAUAGAAUCCAAUGACAUAAAAAUAGUGGGUCUUAAAAUAGAUGGAGCUGCUCCCUCAGGAUGUCUACGAAAGGGUGUGCCUUAUAACUUUUCAAUAGAAAUUAUUCAUUACGAUGCUACAGCAGUAACUAUUGAUUGGAAUUUUGGCAAUGGUCUUGUUCAAAACCUAGGACCAUCUUCUGUGUCUGAGGGAUAUAGCGCUGCUGGAAAUUACACAUUGACAGUUACAGCAAGGUACGCUCCACAGAGUGCAGUGAAAGCAUUAUCACAGGAUUUGUGUAUAGAGGAGGCAAUUUCAAAUGCAGUUAUAAAGCUUUCAAGUCCUGUUGCCUUUCCAUCUUCAGGAAGUGUAAAUAAAAGUGUAACAUACACUGUUGAUGCAGGAAACCCUGUUCACAUUGAAUGGUCAACAAAUGCUACUGUACUUGGAACCACAACUGUAUCACCUAUUGAAAUACAGUUCUCCUCUGAGGGAUUCUAUUACAUCUCACUGAAUGCUUCGAAUACAAUAAAUCAUGAGUAUGUAACAAAAGUUGUUGAGGUGAUUCAAGAGAUCAGUAAUUUAACAAUCAUGUGCAGCAGCUGUGUGGAGAAAAAUGGUGACUUGUAUGUGGAAAAAUCCAAGUCUUACACUUACAUAGUUACCUCUCUGGGAUCGCAGGUCAGUUAUUCCUGGGACAUGGGUGACUCAAGCUCCUCAAAGUCAGGCUCUUCGGUAAGGCAUUCAUACUCAACAGCACAGUCCUACACUCUCAGGGUAACAGCUAGUAGUGCAGUUUCAUCGUCAAUCAUGGAAUCAGUGAAGAUCUAUGUUGAGGAGGCUAUAACACAAGUGGAACUCGCUACUCACCUGUUUGACUGGACUAAUAAUUUGCGUGCUGGCACUACAAGUAAAAAUCUUCAGCUAUCUGAUACAGGACAGUUCAAGGCUACGAUCAAACCAACAUCUCUCCCUACUGCUGGCCUGGUUUACAUCUGGCAAUACGACACUAGUCUCACACCAAUCGAAAGUGCUUCUGAAAUCGGCUCUUACAAAUAUGAUACUCUUGGAUUGAAGUCUGUGACUGUUACUGCUUCAAACUCGGUGAAUAAUGUGACUUCUUCACCACUUGAAAUCUAUGUGAUCAUGCCUAUUACAGAGAUAAAUGUGACUCAGAAUGGUGAAUUUCUCUCAAGCACUGACGCCAACAUAGUCGCAUUAAACAAACAAUAUACAUUUACGGCCUCGUCAUACCAGAUCACACAAGGUUCAGAAACAUACUUAUUUAUUGUUCGAAAAAAUGGUGUCCUUGUUGCGAUUUCCAGUGACGACACAAGCUCAACAUUUUCAUUCAACUUUACAACAACUUUACCAUACAGCUUAAGAGUGUCAGUUAAGAACAGCAUAACAUCAACAUCUUUUGAGAUGCAGUAUGAUAUCGAAGCAAUAACACCGAUAUCGGGAGCUUUCAUUAAUGCUCUAGCUGGUGAAGAUGGCAAUAUCACCCUCGGCGAGACAUAUCAACUCACUGGAGGCAGCACAGUAGGAAAGUACCCGCUGUUUCGAUGGUCUUACACUCAAUCACCAGUAGCUGGUGAAGUCUUCCCUUCAUACCCAACAAAUGCAACGACAGUCACUUUCACACCACAAAAUGUUGGAAUUUAUGUGAUUACUCUAGAGGUGUACAACUUGGUCUCCACCCCACAGCUAGCCAAUUACACAAUCAAUGUUCAGCAGGGGGUGUCAGGGGUUGACAUUGGUGUGUCCAUGACAGUUCCAGAUGCACUCCGUGUUGGUACCACCAAGAAUUUCACUGCUGUUGUUGCCACAGGAACUGGACUGGCUUACAAUUGGGAGAUGUUUGAAACAGGAGUGUCUGUCUCUACUAGUACAUCUCAGUUGUUCACCUACAAUUUCACCACUGAGGCGCUAUAUAAUGUCACCCUGAAAAUAAUGAACUAUGCAAGUGAAGGAUUUGACUACCUAGAGAUAUAUUCCCUAAACACAGUGCCGACAUUCAACCUACAGGUCACAGGAGGAAUCAAUGUUCCAUCUACCAACUACAUAGCGGUAGCAACAGGAACCAAUUUGACAUUUAGCUCAGAUCUUUCCAGCACAGCCUUCAUAACAUUUGAUUGGCAGGUCAACUCCUCAUCAGUAGCCUCAACAACCAGCGUCGAGAGGUUCUUCUCUCCGGCAGAUCUAUACCUUGUCACUCUUGAUGCAGAGAACAAGAUAAGUGGUGAAACAAACCAGCAGUAUAUAUUGGUUCAGGACCUCAUACAGGGCCUCACAGUUCAUGGUUGUAACUACACAAUGUUACUGGGAAGCUCCCUCACACUGACAGCCUCCCAGACACAGGGUACCGACAUUGGCUACUCCUGGCAGACAGAAACACUUAGUUCCCCACAUACUGAUCUUACUUUAACAGUGCAGUAUUUCUCUGUUGGGAAAUACAGCGUGAAUGUGACAGCCACCAACUACGUAAGCGAAGAAAACAUGCAUUGCUUUGUCACCUAUCUUGGGCCUAUAGGCAACCUGGCCGUCACAAAGUCUCAGUACAGUUUUGUAUACUUUCCAAUCACAUUCAAUGUAACUGGUGAUUACAUUGAUCCUGCCAACUUUACAUGGCAUUUCACAUCCGGUGGACCGGGUAAUCAAACAACAACAACACCAACGCUAACAGUGACCUUUGCCAACACGGGAGCAUUCAAUCUGACAGUGGUUGUUGACAAUGGAGUCAGCCAAGAUACAAUCAUCUAUGCUUUCAACAUUGAAAACUUACUGUGCAGCAUUCCAACACUGUUUAUCUAUGGUGAUGAGGACAAAACUAGACUAAGGUCAAGGCAGAUAGAGUUCUCAAUGAAUGUCAACACCAACGACUGCCAGGCUUACACAUCGGAAAACGUAUGGACAAUUUACUCAGCUUCAUCUUGUAAGAACUCUCUCACAAGUGUUGUAACCCUGAACUCCUCAAUCGUCAGCCAAACGCCAGAUUUGACCCUUCCUGCACUCACGCUUGACUAUGGUUCGUAUUGCAUAGAGUUUACACACCAGUAUAUGAACACGCCAGUCAUAGAUCAGAAAUACAUCAACCUCACAAUAGUUGCAUCUGAUCUUGUGGCCAUAAUUUCUGGCGGAAGCGAAGUUAGCCGAGUUGCAGGAUCAGACCUCACCUUAAAUGGAUCUGCAUCCUUCGACCCUGACAAUGUACCUGCGAAGACCUUGAUCUUUACAUGGGAAUGCACACAGGAUGCUGGAGCCUCCAGUGGAACAUCAGUGUGCGCUCAGAUCAAGUCCAAGACGACCAAUUUUGUUGACUUGACAAGCCUCAACCUGACAACUGGGGAUGAGUACACCGUGACCUUGACCGUGUCAGCUGCCGGCAGGACAAAUGGAACUACCACACAGAAGAUCAUCAUCGUGUCAAGUAUGACCCCACAGGUUGAGGUGGAAUGUAUCUCAUCCUGGGCCUACGGUCACUCCUUCUUGACAGUGUCCAAAAGUAUGUCAUUUGAGGGCAAAUGUGUCAAGGGAUGCACAGAUUCCUCCACAUAUGAGUGGAAAGUCAUCGACACUGCAACUGGCUCUACUGUUAACAUUCAGGAUGUCGCAACAACGACUGGACUCACAAAACACAAUUUCGUACUAAAACCAGACACACUCUCAGAUUCCAAAACCUACACAUUCCGGCUUGAAGUGACUGAAGUGGGCACAGGUUUUUCCCAGGUUGAGAUGGCCCCAGGCUCAAAACCAAGUGGAGGAAGCUGCACUGUACAGCCGACAACUGGCCUUGUUCCAGGAGCCAAGGCAUCGGUGCUUUGUCAAAAUUUCCAGGAUACUGACACAACAUCAGGGAUAUACUACCUUGUGAAGGUGAUCAGCCCCAGCACGUUGAAGGAGUACAUUGCGUACUACGGUUCUGGGGCAGCAUUAGACAUCUACCUGGCGCCCUUCUAUGGCACAAAUUUCGAGUCUGUUCAAGUGCAAGUUGAUGUCAUAAAUGAUCACACUGCCGUCAGUGUUGGAAAUACAUACACUGUUAGUUUUACCCAGCCCACAUUGACAGGGAACCAGACAAACAAAGUUCACUAUAUUCGUGACCACAUGGUAGACAAGCUGGGAACCAUCAUUAACCAGAACAACCCACAGCUCUUAGUGCAGUAUUGCACGGCGAUGCUCAACUUCCUUAACGACCAAUCAGAGCUUGGUGUUGGUACCUCAGAGGUUCGCAUGGCUCUCCGAGAAGUUAUUGCCACGACCAUCAGUGGUCUGCCCCUUGCCAAUAUUCACUUUGUCAAGCAGGUCUCAUAUGCCAUCGAGCUUUUGGCAGCGUAUCCAGAGGAACUGUCCUCAGAAACUCCAUGGCUGCUCAUCAAUGCGUUUGAUGAACUCUUGUCCAAGAUGCAGUCACUGAUCAAGAGAGGCCACGACAAGGCAGACUACCAGGCCGAUGCACUAAUAACAUCCAUCCCCAGGGUUCAGCAGGCCCUGCAGUCAGAAGGCACAUUGAUCGGCGACCCCUUCACUCUGAGUGUGUUUGGCAGUUUGGACGACCUGCGGAUGGACAUCAGUUCAUCUAUACCAUUUCAAGGGUCCACAUUGAGUGAUCUCACCAUCAAAACUGUGGAGUUCUCCAUCCAGCUGAUGCUCAUUCCCCUUCAAUCUCUUCUUGCUGAUGAGAAUCCGAUACUUUACACCAGUGAUGGACUCUCGUAUGAAGCUGCUCACAGGAGUGUGGGAAGUGUUGGAAGUGACUUUGACUUCGAGGGCUUCAAACUGUUUGUACCGGAGGACAUUAUUACCUACACAUCUUACUCAGAAGAUUCAAUCUUCCAGCUAGUGUCUGUCAGUACUGCAGUUAAUCCCUACAGCAGUGAUUUUGGAGAAAUGAGCACAAAUGUUUUGAGCACCGGCUUUUAUGAUGUUAGCGGAACAGCUGUCACUGUUAAAAAUCUUCCUUCAGAUAGUUCGGUCAUCAUGUACAUGUUUUUUGCCAAUGCCACAAAGUAUGAAAUAAACUCAACUGGUCUUGUGAACUCGCCAGGCUAUAAUCCUUUUGAUGGCAUGAUCUACCAUAAUAAAACCUUGAAUGAAAACACGAGAUACGAGACUAUUCUGACAAUGCCUGUAUUAGAUGGGGAGUCUAUGCAUGUUCAAGUCAGAGUGAACUUUUCUGGAUUUCCGAAUGCUGUGUUGACGGCGAAAUUGAAGAAGAACGGUGAACAAUAUUCAUCAACUCUUUCGCUCAAUGAUGAGUUGAUGAGUGACUUACAGGCUGACCACAGAAAUUACACUUUCUACAUACCACCCAGUGAGAUUGACCUAGCAAGUGACGUGUUCAAACUAGAAGUCGAAUCCACCCACACAGCGACUGUGUUUGUAGGCAUUUACAACGCGAAAUGCCACUACUUUGAUGAAGACACGGUGUCCUGGCAGGACACUGGCUGCGUUCCCAUGACAUACUCAAUCGCCUACGUGACGGCCUGCAAGUGUGAUCACAUGACCUCAUUUGGUGGGACACUGUUUGUGUCUCCUGAUGAACUGGACUUCACAGACCUCACAAGACUGGACAUUGCCAACAACCCAGUAGCGAUAAUCACGUGUAGCGUCCUGGUGUUCGUGUACAUUUUGUUGGUGGCUGCGUGUCGGAGGAUGGACAUUCUUGACAUCAAAAGGAUCUCACUUAUUCCGAUGUGUGGGAAGGAUGGCUCAUUCAAGUACGAAGUCACCGUUGUAACUGGACGCCUGCCUGGAGCUGGUACAUCAGCCCAUGUUGGCAUUCGACUGCAUGGAGAGUAUGGCAAGUCAGCACGCCAGCAUGUGGGCAAGGCAGGAGCAUUCAAGCGGAACUGCUCAGACACAUUCAUGAUCGCGUAUGAGGUAAAUCUUGGGGACUUGCAGAAGAUUACCAUCUGGCAUGAUAACACGGGAAUGUCGCCAUCCUGGUACCUGAGUCAUGUGAUUGUCAACGACCUCCAGACAGACCAGAAGUACUACUUCUUUGCGAACCAGUGGCUCUCUCUCGAGAUGGAGAAUGGAAUCAUCUCAAAGGAAGUGAAAGUGGCUGGAGCAAAGGAGAUGAACAGAUUUGGCCACAGGAUGUCAACUGCCAUGUUCAAUGCUCUUGCUGACAAGCACCUGUGGCUGUCAUUACUGAACCGUCCAGCACAGAGCAGGUUCACCCGCGUACAGCGACUAACCACCUGCUUUACACUCUUGUUCAUGUUCAUCGGAGUAAACGCAAUGUGGUACGGACUGCUGAAGACGUCAAAUGAAGACCUUGGAUGGGAUGAUUUUGGCUGGGAGGAGAUAGUUCUGGCUCUCGUCAGCAAUGUUAUGGUCAUACCCUUCAGUAUCGGCAUAGUCUUCCUCUUCAAGAAGAGUCGAGCGAAGCCCAACUUUUUGAGGGACCUGCAGAAGCCUAUGACAGCCCAGACACUGGAGAUUGAGGAUGUCUGUGAUAACUCACAGUCCGGCAGCUUCGAGAGCAGCAACACAGGCGCUAUACCCUACGACUUGGAAAGGGAGAGCACCAUUGACUCUGUGCCGCACACCCUUGGCGGUGGCCUCCGUCGUUCCCGCCAUGUCGCUCAAACCCAGCGUGAGAAGACUGACGACAGCCUCUACAACCAAAAGCCCUCAGUCUCGGUAACCAAUACAAGCUCUGAGUCCCCUCUCUGGAACGAGGAUGGAAUUCUCAAGUGGCCAGACUCUGUGCCGUCCUUUGAUGAUGGGGCCGACUCGCGUCCCUCUACCAGCUCAACAGUGGCUAACCAGGCAGCACUACGCCAGGCCGCUGGAAAACCUGGGGCUAGGAAAACAAUCAAGGGUAAGGAGGCAGCUCGAGAACUGCUUGACGAGCUGGACAAGAUGGAGAAUGAGCUGAAGGAAUCUGAGACUCGGUCAGUACGGUCACAGGGCAGCAGGCGGUCAUCCCACUCGCUCAAAAAACCGUCCAUGACAAAGUCAAACUGGGGAAGUCUUGAAGACAUUCUGCAAUCAGACGAUGAGAGUGUAGCUGACAGUGGGAAACAUGGCCCCAUGCGUAAACGUGGCUCCAAUGUUAGCCAGUCUGGGAGGAAGUUCAACCCUAGAUCUGAUCCGAGAAUCGGAGGCGGAUCUCGUUGGCCACAUCCACGUGAGUCUGUGGUCAGUGCAACGUCUGGAGGCUCAUUUGUGAAUGCUCCACCAGCGACCAGUGGCAUUACUGCAGGACUUAGACCUGGUUACUAUGGUGAGAUGACAAUGGAGUCACGUGACAUCCAGAUUCCGGUGUACAAGGAAAAGUGCUCGUUGCCUCCAUGGUGUAUCUACAUCGCGUACACACUGUGUGCCGUUAUCACGGUGUUCUCUUCCAUCAUGGUGAUCCUCUACUGCUUCAAUUUUGGCUACUCCCAGUCCAUGGAGUGGCUCCUUGCUCUGGUUCUCUCGCUGGUUCUUUCCUUCCUCGUUAUUGAACCCCUCAAGGCGUUCCUGAUUGCCGUCUAUGUUGUGGCCAUGUUCAAAAAUGUGGAGCAAGAUGAAGACGAUGACUUCAUGGACAUCACACCCACGUUUGACAACUCUGUGCAAAAACUCAAGGAUGUGAAAUUCAAGCCCAUAGCUGGAUUUGCCCUUCUUCAAGCUAAGGAAGAGGGCCGUAAGGUCCACCGGAUGAAUGUGCUGAUCCGUCAGUUCAUUGCAUACGUGUUCUACCUCUGGUUGCUAAUGGUGAUCGUCUAUGUCCACUUCAAGUAUGACUCAUUCCUGCUCACCAAACACGUGGAGAAUGACUUUUUUGUCCCCAAAACAAGCUCUGGACGAAACUUCACUAACUUGCACAGUACUGAAGAGUUCUGGGAUUGGACGGAGCACACUUUCGUGGAUGCCCUUUACCUGCGUGACACACAUACAGAUGAAGAACAUGGCUACUUGCUUGGAGCACCACGCGCAAGGCUGAUACGUGGAAUGAUUUCACCAUGUAUAGCGGCAGAUUCAGCAGACCGUUUGGGUGCGUCCACAUUGACGAUGCGCACGUGUCACGGAGAGGGUCAGUAUGAUGAGGAUACGGAUACAUACCAGGAGGGCUGGAAUGGCUCCAACGCUAAUGGAUCAUGGAAACACUACUCAGCUGCACAGCUAGGAAGCACACACAAGGUUGGUUAUGUGGCCACUUACCCGGGCGGAGGUUACCCCCAGGAGCUGGGCACCAGCUACUACGAGACACUGACUAUCAUCCAGGAUCUAAAGGAGAAGGGUUGGGUAGACCUGCUGACCCGGGCGGUCAUAUUUGAGUUCUCCAUCUACAACCCAGGCACUGACACCACCGCCGUGGUGGCCAUACUUGCUGAGUUCCCACUCUCAGGUGGGGUGAUGGCCAGCUACGAGAUACAGAGCCAGAAGCUGCUCUGGUUCCAGGCUCGGAAAGUGGACCCACUGAUGGUGCUCGAGAGUAUUCUGUUCCUGGUAGUGAUCUACUCCUGGAUUCACAUCACCCUGCAGAUCCGCGAAUAUGGCAAACAAUUCUUCAAGCAGCUCUGGAAUUACUAUGAAAUCCUCACCACACUCAUGGCAACCGUGUCCAUAGGAAUGUACAUUGGCUGUGUUGUCGAGGCAACUAAUGCCUUCAACAGCCACAUUGACAACCAGACUGGUUUCACAAAUUUUGAGCGGACUGCAUACAUACAUGUGGGCACGAGAUAUCUACAGGCCUGGCUGCUAUUCCUUCUUAUGUACAAGGUUGUUAAGCAGCUACGAUUCAUAAAGUUCAUGCAUGUAUAUGAGGAGAUGUUUAGUGACGCUAUGGGGCAGUUACUAGGCGCUGGCCUCAUCUUUGUCAUCCUGCUGCUCACAUAUGCGCAAGUUGGAUAUCUGAUGUAUGGGCGAGUGGUGUCUGGUUUCGAGUCAGUUGGCCACACCAUCAACACGCUGCUAGUCAUGAUCCGCGGCGAAUUUGAUUUCUGGCCCAUGUUAGACUUCCAGCCAGUCUUCAGUCAUUUCUAUGUGUAUUCAUACUAUGCAUUUGCAUACGGCCUCCUGGUGGCCUUUGUUAUCGCCAUCUUACAGAACAGUUACAGGUCAACAAAGUCAAAGCGCUACUUCAAGUCAACCAUGGAAAUGCAGGACUAUGAGAUGGUCGAGUUUAUGCUGAAGCGCUUCAAACUAUGGGCUGGAAUUCAGAAGCAAAAACCUGCAUUUAGACAUGUUCGAUUCCCGGGCCUGCCGUCCAUAUCUAGUCGGAGCUCAUCAAGCUACUCUAACCGUAGCGCGGUUUCCCUGCAAAGUGCACACAGCGUGGUUGCGCAGCAGGAGUUUUCACAGGUCCAGCUCAACAGCAUGUUGGCAAGGAUGGUUCCCACAUGGAAUGCUGUGCUCCAGCGCAUGGAUAAGAUCGAGUCGAUAGACAAGGAAGAGGAAAAUCUAGUCAAGAAAGCUGAGAAUGAGAUGAAGGACCUUAAUUGGAAGUGUCGAAUUAACAAACUUGAGCGAGAAGCUAAGGAGAUUCUAGAUUGGAAAAAUAAGCCCCCUGCUGGGGAUGGGAAGCAGGGAAAACAAACACUUUCUAAAAGGCCAAUGCAAUGUAAAGACAAUUCAGAUAGGCGAGCUCCUGCUACAGUGACUGGUGCUACAGCUCGCAAUCAGGCGUCUGCUCCCUCCUCGGAUGACAAGGGGGCGCAGAGUGGGCGUCGGCCUCUCAGUGACCAGGGUGCCAGGGUGGAUGCUGCUGCCCCUGGUCCCAGUACUAGGAGAACUUCAAAUCAGGAGAAAAGCACACUUCAGAAGUUCUUAAAAACUGUAAAACCUUCCAAAGCAGCGUGGAAUAAGUGAACUCAGUUUUAGACGUUUUUGAGCUAAUUUAUUUCGUUUUUCAAGGGUACACAUACAUGUGUCAGUGAAUGUGCCCGAGGGUUUAAAUACAAAAGUUAUCUAAGUGAUAUAAAUCAUAUGCCAAAUAACCAUAACAUGUCUUUCAUGAGUGCUAUUUGUGAGAAAUGACUCACUCAAUACCAGUAUAGGUAUGUAGGAAGAUUUAGAACCAGAUUGUGAUGGGUUCAGUAGCUAGUAAUUCUGGAAAUGGCCGAUAGGCUAUGUUGAACUAUGGUGACCAAAAUGCCUUUGAAAGACAAAAGCUAUGCACCAUAUAAAAAGAGAAUGGCUGACAAACAUUGUGCAAAAGUAUCAUAGUUAGGUGCUGGGUCCUAGUAGAAAACUAGCUAUAUAUUCGGAAAGUACCGUGGACGUUUUUGUACGCUAACAUGAGGUGCGUGGCUAUUAGUACAUGGACGGUUCAUCUCUUUAUGUGCUGCUGAUAAUUAUUUGUGAUAUAUUGAUCUUACUAAUGUUAAGUCAACAGAUAUAUUUUUGUUCAAUACUACUUGUGUGAUACAAUCAUUUUGUGCCAAGUGUCCAUUUAAUUAUAGGCAAUGCCACAAGAAAGUAGGAUUUUUUUAAAACAAUAAAUUGUAUUUUCUUGUGUUACUGUGCAUAAUUUAACUUGUUAAAUGUCAGUUCGCUUUCUUAGUGCUCAUUUUUUUAUUUGUUCAUUUUCUAUAGAGAUAUAUUAGUUUAUUUUAGAUUUUAUUUUUUUGUGUAUCACUACAGAUAAGUAGUGAAUGCUAUUUACUUUGUGUUUUAAGUUUAUGUAAAGUGUAAGUAACAAAGAUUAAUGUUUUUUUCUAGAUUUUAAUCAAACAGCUAGUCUUGCUACAUGUAUGCAUAUUUUUUUUGAAGAGUUUCACAUUUUUUUAUGAAACCACCAUUGUUAAGUUCACAUGUUAUUAACAAGAUUAAAGGAUAUUACAUACCCAACAUGAUCUGGAAUUCAUGGUAUCCCAGAAACAUCUUAGGCUUAAUUUCCAUUGACAAAUUCCAUAACAUAUUUAUUCUUAAUUAAUUAAGGAAGAAAAAUUAUACUGAAUACAUGCCUUCCAACUAAAAAAUAGUAAGGAAUGUCUGUUUCUUCAAGAAAUACAACACUUCAAAAAUGAGCAUUUGAGAUCAAUUAUUUGAGAAAAAAAAAGAUCUUUAAUACAGUUGCAUGAAAUGAAUUUCUCUUUAUUUAACAUGAUACAUUUGAUGAUGGUGGUUAAAACAGCCAAAAACAAUCUAACAAACAUAAGCUGAAUUUAAUGUUCCCCCUUGCAUUUUAAUUAAGGAGAAUGGUUCUGUAUUUCUUAAUUUCUAGAAAAUGAUAGUUUCGUGUCUCAAUGUACUCAAGUAUUGUUCUGUGGAUAACUUUUUAAAUCAUAUAAUGUGAUAGUUUUUUAUUGCUUUUAUCUUAUACAAUAUUCCGUCCAUAUUACCAAUUUGGUACUAUGUUAUUAUUCCAUAGUCCUGUUUUCAAGGAGUUUGUGAUUUACAUUUAUACUAAUAUUUUGUUAAGUUUUGGGCCUUACAAUUAUUUACUAUUUCUCUUGUAACAUUUAGUUCAUUUAAUUGUUACACUAUUUCGCUAUAUUUUAUUUGUCGCUUUUCUUAAAAAUUCAUCAUUUAAGAACAGGGAAGAUGUUUUUAUGAAUUUGACUUAACAAUUAAAGGGGACACAUCCAAAGUGCCAGAUUUUAUUUGAACAUGACAGAUUUAAAUUAUAGAUAUAAAUUAUUGUUAUUAUUGCCAUGUAUUGCAUUCAUAUUUCCUAUUAAUGAUGCUAUUUAAAGUAUCAUAUAGCUUUGCUAAUGAUUUUAUAUAGUAAAUGCCAAUGUUAAAAUGACACAACAGUAUUACCAUAUUACAGCUAACAAUUUUGUAUGAGAAAUAUUUUAAUUUUAUUUUUAUAUAUUGUUGAAUGUAUCUGGUUAUUUAUUAUUGACAAAUGAAUAACAUCUGCAUCAAUUGUUAUUUUACAUCAUGUACAGCACACUCUAGUUUGAAUACCUAGAAUAUAUACAGCACAAAUACCCUGGCCUGCUUAAUAUACAUGUAUACAGCACAAAUCCCGUGGCCCGCUUUAUAUAUACAGCACAAAUACCCUGGCCCGCUUAAUAUAUAGAGCACAAAUGCCAUGGCCUGCUUCAUUAAGACUUUGUAAUUAAAAUUAUUAAAGUUUUACUAAUUUAAUGUUUAUCUAGGUGAAUUGAAUUUUGGCUUGUUUUAAAUAAAGCUGUGGAAAUGAAAGAAAAAUUAAGUUGCUGCCUUACGUGAAAUUUCUUCAGAAUUAAGAAAAUAGCAAAGAUCCUUUGAUGAAAUUGAGGCGAAGAUCUUUGGGCUGUCAUUAUAUAUAUAUGCAGUUAAGCUGUAAGGUCAGUGUUUGGUCAGGUAUCAAAGUAUUUUUUGAAAAUAUUUUAGAUAAUAAAUAUUUGUCUUCUAAGUCUUAAUCAAAAUUUGUGAGACUUUUACCAAUCAAAAACACCUUAAAACAUCUUCUUUUAAUUGGAUGUUGAUAUAAAAAAUAAUGUAUUUGUGAUACAUAUUUUUAUAAAGACGGCUUAUAAUCUUCAUCUUCAUUUGCUUGGCUGUGUAUUUGAAAUGAUCUCUUUGAUCAUAAAGGAUUAUGUAAUUGUGAUAGCAAUGAAGUUUGGGAAAGUAUAUCUUACACAUGCUACACAUGGCUAGAGUUAUCUUAUACAGACUAUAUUUUGUUUUUUGCUUCAAAGACAGUUGUUGGUUUUUUGUGUCUAAAAUUAAGUAAAAAUAACUGAAUAUUUAAGAUUAAUGCAAUGGACCUAACCUAGAGUUGAAGGUUUUUGUAGUUUACUUGGUGACUUGCAAGUGCCAGACAGGACAGUCAAACCAACCAUAUUUAAAUCUUUGUUUAACCUUGAAAAUGGAAAAAUAAACGCUAUUAAAAUACUCAAAAAAAAACCACAUAAAGGAUAUCUAAAGGGCUGAUUGAAAAUGCAUUUGAUUUUGGAAAGUCGCUCAAAAAUUAGUAGUAUUUUCAAAAAUCAUUUAAAACAUAAGAGCAAAUUGACAGUUAAUUGUUUGUGCUGCAUGGUGCAUGCGAAACAAGUUAUCCCUUGGAAUAUUCAAUAUCUGAAUACAAGUAUUUUAUGUUAUGUAUUUACUAUUUAAGUAGUGCUGUAAAUCUAAAGAAGUGCUUUAAAUGAACAUUUGUCAAGGAACAGUAUUUUAACAUUAUACCAUGUCCCCUGAUCACUUCAUACAUUAUAUGUUAUUGACGAUGUCAUGUGACAAUUGCAGUUUUUCAUGACGGAAUAAAAUCAUCAAACUA